UAGGUUAAAUGGACGUGAAAUGCUUUUGACAGUCACUAAAAAGUGACAAGUUGCAGCAGACAGCAGCAGAGAGCCCAAUAAUGGAGCCACAAGAGAUCAGAGAGGGAUACCUUGUUAAAAAGGGUCUGUGAGGCUGGAGCCUAUCUCCAUCAGUCAGCAGGCGAGAGGGUACAGUGCUGAACUCCUGGAGUGCAGUGUGGGUGGUGUUGUCAGAAGAUGGUUUGGAUUACUAUAAAAAGAAAACAGAUCACUCACCGAAAGGGAUGAUCCCACUGAAAGGAGCAACCCUCAUCAGUCCCUGUCAAGAUUUUAACAAGAGAACGCUGGUCUUCAAGAUCACUACAGAGAGGAAACAAGAUCACUUCUUUCAAGCCUCGCAUGUGGAGGAGAGAGAACUUUGGGUCAAGGACAUUAGGAGAACCUUAUCCUGCUUGAAAGAUGGGAAAAAGUUUGCUAGAAAGUCCACCAGACGCUCCAUUCGCCUGCCAGAGACAGUCAAUCUUGCUGAGCUGUAUGCACUGAUGAAAGACCAGGACGACGGAGUGAAGGAGUUAAAACUUGAGCAAGAUAAUCAAGUUUUCAACCACUGCUUCACUGGUGCGACGGUAGUAGAGUGGCUGAUUUCGAAAGAGAAGGCAAGAAAUAGGCCGGAGGCACUCAUGUUAGCAACGGGGCUUCUGACUGAGGGCUUUCUCCAGCCUGCAGAUGACCUGUCAAAGGAGGGGGCAGAAGGCGGAGAAAAUACAACCUUCUUAGAUCAGACAACAGCUCUCUAUUACUUUACAGACAGUGGGUUCUUCUGUGAAGGCUACUCCAGUGACGAAGAUGUUCUGCUGAAGGAUGAAUUCAGGGGAAACAUUAUAAAACAAGGCUGCUUGCUCAAACAGGGACACAGAAGAAAGAACUGGAAGGUACGAAAGUUCAUACUUCGAGAUGACCCCGCUUAUAUGCACUAUUAUGAUCCUUCAAAGGGCGAUGACCCUCUAGGCUCAAUACAUCUCCGAGGAGCUGUGGUUACAGCUGUAGAGUACGUGCCUGACGCCAAGAAGUAUGACGUUGAUGGCAACCUCUUUGAGAUUAUCACUUCAGAUGAGACUCACUAUUUCCUGCAAGCUGCAACAUCUGAAGAAAGAAAGGAGUGGAUCAAAGCAAUACAGACGGUGUCAAAAAGUGGAAAGUAAUGAAAGCAGUGAAGCAACAGGGGAAUAUCUGUCAACCACAACUGCACCGACACUGAUGUUCUAUAAAACCUUUAUGCUCUUGUCUUUCAUUGUUAAGCAAGUAGUGAAUUUUGCUUUUAUACACACGUUACAUUUAUGCUUCUUUAUGCUAAAUUAAUGGCAAUUUAUAUAGGAGAAAAAAAAAUUCCUGCAUAAGUACUAUCUAUUAAUACCAGACGAAUAUUUUUGAAAAGCACUGUAUGUGUUUGCAUAAGUUAGAACUACAAGUUAAAUGGACACAUGCUUUUAUUUGUGGAGAUGCAUAUCUCUGUCCUUUACAUGAACUACUUAAAUAAGCCGGUUUGCAGAGCAGCGUAGCAACAGUUGUUUUUUUUUUCUAAACCAGUUUCACACCUAGAAUUGUCUCAAUUUAAAUUUGCAUGCAAUGACCGUAAAAGGUACUUCCUUGGAACAACAAACUGUUUUAACCUAUUUAGAUCUAUUCUUAAUUCACACUAGUUUUACUUCCUCUUUGUUCAGUUUCAAAAGUCUGAGAUAGUUGCUGUCAUCACGCAAAUGCUUAGCUUCUGGGUGUGAACAAAGUCAGAGUUGCAUUGUGUCUUCACCGUUGCACUGCCACUUUUUAGCAGUGCAAUGCCUGCUGCAUUUGUGUGACAGUUUAUCAGCCACAAAAAUGACUAGUUUGAGCUGGAGCAUGACUAGAUGGAAAAAAAAACCCACAGCAGAGAUGACCACUUAUUUCAACAGCAGGUUUAAGGACAGCUCAAAGUUGUUCGCUUGCAAAGCAGUAGCUUCAGACAAUACUACUUGUUUGACUUCUGGUUUGCUUUAAAUGUAAGUACAGAAUAUGAAAAAUAAGCAGUACACAUCUGUUUGCCUGUCCUGUAAGAUUUAAACAUAUUGGGGGCAUUAUUAAUUGUGUGAACCUAGCCUAAUUUGUGAACAGUAAUCCCACAUCAAACUAAGUACAUCAGGGGUGUACUUAGUUUAAAAUACAACUGUUUGCUUAUUUGUGCUAUUCUUUUUGAAGCGAGUGACUAAAUGCUUUGAAUACAUGAUAAAGUGGCAAUAUUUAUUUGAAUUAAAUCCACAUAUAAUUUC